UUUCAAAACCAAAUCAUGCUUAGUUCGUCAUAUGAAGAUUCACAUAGGUGAGAAGCCUUUCUCAUGUGAGACUUGUGGAAAAAGUUUCAAGACUAAAUCUGAGUUACGUGUUCACAUGAUGAUUCACACAGAUGCGAAGCCUGUCACAUGUUCAACCUGUGGAAAACGUUUCCGAUGCAAAUCUGAGUUACUUCGUCACAUUACGAUUCACACAGGAGAGAAUCCUUUCUCAUGUGUGCACUGUGGAAGAAGUUUCAGAGACAAAUAUCAGUCACUUCGUCACAUGAAAAUUCACACAGGUGAAAGGCCUUCUUCAUGUGUUAACUGUGGAAAAAGUUUCAGAGACAAAUCUCAUUUACUUCGUCACAUGAAAAUUCACACAGGUGAAAAGCCUUUCUCAUGUGUGACCUGUGGAAAAAGUUUCGCAUACAGAUUUGAGUUAGUUAAUCACAUGAAGUAUCACACUAGAGAGAAUCUUUUUUCAUGUGUGACCUGUGCAAAAGGUUUUAUAAGAAAAUCUCAUUUAGUUGCUCACAUGAAGGUUCAUACAGGAGAGAGGCCUUUCUCAUGUUUUACUUGUGGUAAAAGCUUCCAUGCGCAAUCAAGCGUAAUUAAUCACAUGAGAUGUCACACAGGUGAGAAGCCUUACUUUUGUGGGACCUGUGGAAAAAGGUUCAGACAAAAAAGUAAUUUAACUGUUCACAUGACAACUCACACAAGAGAGACGCCUUUCUCAUGUACGUGCUGUGAAAAAAGGUUUGCCAGUAAACCACUAUUAAAUGGUCACAUGGCAAUUCACAGAGCUCGGAAAACUGUCUUAUGUCGGAGUUGUGGAAAAGGUUUUAUAACUAAAUCUCAGUUAGUUGUUCACAUGAGAAUUCAUACAGGUGAGAUGCCUUUCAAAUGUGCAAGAUGUGGGAAAAGGUUCAGAUACAGAAGUUGUUUAAAUUGUCACAUGAGGAUCCAUACAGAUGAGAAGCCUUACUCUUGUGGGACCUGUGGAAAAAGGUUCAGUCAAAAAGGUAAUUUAACUAGUCACAUGAAGACUCAUACAGAUGAGAAGACUUACUCUUGUGGGACCUGUGGAAAAAGGUUCCGUCAAAAAGGUAGUUUAACUCAUCACAUGAGGUCUCAUACAGGAGAGAGGCCUUUCUUAUGUGGGACCUGUGGAAAAGGCUUUGGUUAUCAGUCCCUUUUAACUCAACACAUGAGGACUCAUACAGGAUGAGCAGCAUAAUCAGACCCUCAAGUACCAAGACACAAUAUCUCACAGUUUGGAAGCAGAUUAAUUACAGCUGAGUAACAUUUCUAUAAUGUAGCAGCUUGGAGAAGAAAAGCAUUUAAAAUUCAAAUUUAUCUAAAACACAAACCUUUCACUUUAUUCUGCCAGUUGUAUCUUUUCAUUUUCAAUGGUUAAAUGAGAUAUAAAGUCUGAUGAAGAUAUGCAUGCAUUUUAAUGUUUUUUUUCUAGUGGGAUAAUAGUUUGUCUUUGGAACUAACAAUGUAUUUGAAUGUUUUCAGAUUUAUAUUUGUAAAACUAUUGGAGUCAUUGUAUGUCUAGUCUUUGUAUUUUGUUUUAUUUAAUUAAUUUUAGUUAGAGCAUGUUAGCUGUUACUAUAUGAACUGGUGAGGGAUAUAUAUUUAGAUCAGGGGUUGUUUUACUAGAAUAUUUUCCAUAUUUCUCCGAUUUUUGUCUUUUUUUUUUUUUUACCUUUUAACCCUCACCCUCUAAAUCACCACAAAAAUCCGAAAAGGUAUACGCAAAUUAAAUCAGCUGCUGUUAUAGAACCAUUUGGAGAAUAUACAAAAGCUGUCUCUUUAUGAAGACGGUGAGCUUUUUUUUUUUUUUUUUUUUUUUUGCAGUCAAAAAUACUUUAACUGUAAUUAGUUUGUAUAACACAAAAAAAAAUUAAAAAUUUUGCUUCACCCACAUUUUUUAUUUUUAUUUCUUGUAAAUGCAAAUUGAAUGUUGAAUGUUGACUGGAAAAUACAAUAAAUCUGUAGAAUAAAGUUCUGCUUGUGAAUUUGAAGAUGGAUCAAAAUAGCACAAAAAAGAAAUAUCAUUUUGGCGUUUCCAUUUGGCACACUUGGACAACACCUGAUAUAUAAUGUUUAAACGUCUGUAACUUUAGCAUACAGUCAGACCUCCUCUUCCUUCUUGCAAUACGCUGUUCGUCCUCUCCAACACUCAACGGUACGCUAGCCCCCCCAUCUCUCCUUCGAACGCUUUAGAUUUAGUCUCCAAGUUGACCAGUCAGAAAUCUGGAUAUUAUUUGCUYUGAAAAAGCCAUUUUAUAACAUCAUUGGUCAAAUGCAGUGUUAAUCAAAAGGGGGGCUCUAGGCUGCCCAAUAAAAGCGUCAUAAUGGACACCGGCAGAGUUGAAACUUGUAAAUCUCACCUCGGAAAAAAAUGGAAAAACGGCACGCUGGUAUUCUGGUGAGCCUUAAGGGAUUUUAGGCCCCUCUGUCAUUUGACAGGUUCUACCCAGAUGUAACUAAAAAUGCAACUGAAUAGCCGAUGUCAACAUGAUUAUAAUUUGACAGGUAGAAAUAGAUGGACUUUUUAAAUGCUGUCAGUGAAAAUGACAAAAUAGUCUUGUGUGAUCUCUGAUUUAUGUUCAAAUGUUUUAUUCUAAUUUGAAUCUAAAUAUACUUUUUCAUUACUUUCCCCUGAGUUUCUGAUUCAGGGAAAAAAUACUGUUGAUUGUAUGAUGGCAGCAAUUUAGAUGUUGCAGAUUUUUCUUUUAUGUUAUGAUGCCUGAGAUGUGUUCAUUUUUUGUUAAUACGGCUGCAUUGA